CAUUAUAAAGAGCUCCACGAGUUGGCAUUGUCAGGCGGUGGCACCGCGCGGGACGGAGUUAAGGUCUGCCUUAUCUUCAGUGUACGGCGGCGGCCGAGCAGAGCGAUAGAGUCCGUGGACGCGGACGAGCCCUCGGGGGUGCGAGCGUGACCGCGGCCAAGCCCGCGUCGCCUUCUGCGGCGAGUAGGGCCUCGCGGCGUCAUCGGCGGCGAGAAGCCGCUGCGGCCUGGCCGACCAUGUCGGACGCGGCUGAGGAGCAGCCCAUGGAGACGACGGGCGCCACCGAGAACGGACACGAGGCCGCCCCCGAAGGCGAGGCCUCGGUCGAGCCCAGCGCCGGGGCAGCGGCCCCCGCGGCCCCAGCCGGGUCUGGGGGCGGGACCACGGCCGCCCCGAGCGGGAACCAGAACGGAGCCGAGGGCGACCAGAUAAACGCCAGCAAGAACGAGGAGGACGCAGGAAAAAUGUUCGUUGGUGGUCUGAGCUGGGAUACGAGCAAAAAAGAUUUAAAGGAUUACUUUACUAAGUUUGGAGAGGUUGUUGACUGUACAAUAAAAAUGGAUCCCAACACUGGACGAUCAAGAGGGUUUGGGUUUAUUCUCUUCAAAGAUUCUUCCAGUGUGGAGAAGGUCCUAGAUCAGAAGGAGCACAGGCUGGAUGGUCGUGUCAUUGACCCUAAAAAGGCUAUGGCUAUGAAGAAGGAUCCUGUGAAGAAAAUCUUUGUGGGAGGUCUAAACCCUGAAGCCACAGAGGAAAAGAUCAGAGAAUACUUUGGCCAGUUUGGGGAGAUUGAGGCCAUUGAACUUCCAAUAGAUCCCAAGUUGAACAAAAGACGGGGUUUUGUUUUUAUUACAUUUAAAGAGGAAGACCCUGUGAAGAAAGUUCUGGAGAAAAAAUUCCAUACUGUCAGUGGAAGCAAGUGUGAAAUCAAGGUUGCCCAGCCCAAAGAGGUGUAUCAGCAACAGCAGUAUGGCUCUGGGGGCAGAGGAAACCGUAAUCGAGGGAACCGAGGCAGUGGUGGAGGUCAGAGUCAGAGUUGGAAUCAGGGCUACGGCAACUACUGGAACCAGGGCUACGGCUACCAGCAGGGCUACGGGCCGGGCUAUGGCGGCUACGACUACUCGCCCUAUGGCUAUUACGGCUACGGCCCCGGCUACGACUACAGUCAGGGUAGUACAAAUUACGGGAAGAGCCAGCGACGUGGUGGUCAUCAGAAUAACUACAAGCCAUACUGAGGCAGCAGGAGCGGCCGAGUGACGACCGCACACGCUUUGUUUGGACGCGGAGUGAACACAAUUAUGUACCAAAUUUAACUUGGCAAACUUUUAUGGCCUGUCCCAUGUGCAUCUUAUUUAAAAUUUCCCCCGGAAAUCACUCUCCUGUUAACUAUUCCAGAGCUCUAGUUGUUGUAGGCAGCGUGUGGCGUCUCAGAGGCCAGAGCGGCAUUAGGGGGCCGAUUUUAUUACCAGGUUACCCUGUUCUAGAUUGGAGGGUCUGCUUCCUGCUGCCGCUCUGCAGCCUGGACCUGUGGACCCUGGUUGUAAAGAGUAAACUGUAUCUUAGGAAACCAGUGUCACCUUUUUCACCUUUUAAUUUUAUAUUAUUUGUGUCAUACAUUUCCAGUAAUGGAAGUGUUAAUUUUACUGUACUUUUUGGUACCUUUUGGGAAUCUAAUGUAUUGUAAGGUAUUUUACACGUGUCCUGAUUUUGCCACGACCUGGAUAUUGAAGCUAUCCAAGCUUUUGAAAUAAAAAUUAAAAACAAAACCCCAA